GCUCUGGUCCUUAAUUGGAAUGGAUGGCGACACUGAAACGGAUUCUUCCAUGAAUCCAAACAUUCGUCGGAACCCGACAACGCCGAUGACUGACCAUUCCACCCCGCUGGUCCCAAAUCUCAUGCACGCUAAAUUAAACACUAACACAUUUUUUUAGCAUCUUCUUCAAUUCAAUCUCAACAAUCUGUGGCACAGCCUCACUUCCUCUAAACCCAAACACGCCAGACGAAGAACCAAAGCCGCGGUUCUGAUUUCACCGCCGCCGCCGCCGCCUCUCUGAACAUGAAGGUCCGUUCCACAAGCUUAUCGUAUUCUGAUCACUUGUCACCUACAAAGUCCCCAUCUUUCGUAAAACUCACCGCUUUAUCCCUCUUAUCCCUCUCCUUCUUCUUCCUCCUCAGGUAUUUCUCUUUCAACCCUAUAACCGUGCUCCCCUCUUCCUUCUCCAUCCUUGACACCAUCACUGUCACCAUCAAUACUGUGACCACCCAGUCUCAGCAGCCGAUUUCUCCGCCUGCGGCAGCUCAGCCAAGGACGCAGGGGGAUUUCUUGGAAUGGAUGGGAAUUAUAGACGAGAAUGGCGUGAUGGCGGGCGAAUUUAUCGUUGGGGAUUUCGAAAGUUCCCUACUGAAGACUGUGGCGAAUGAGAAUGAAGGAGGAGCAGAUGACGACGAGGAUAGAGAGAUUGUAAAGGGAAAAUUCGAGAAAUUUGAAGUUUGUGAUGAUAACAUGAGUGACUACAUUCCUUGCUUGGACAAUGCGGAGGAGGCUAUAUCCAAAUUGAGUUCGCCGGAGAGUGGGGCAAAGUACGAGAGGCAUUGUCCGGAGAACCGGAAAAGAUUGGAUUGUGUGGUGCCCAGGCCCAAAGGCUAUAAAUUUCGAGUUCAUUGGCCGGAAAGCCGAGAUGAGGUUUGGGUUUCUAAUAUACCUCAGACUUCCUUGGUUGAUAAUAAAGAAGGGCAGAAUUUGAUAUCAAGAAAUAAUGAAAGUACGUUUAUAUUUCCUGGAGGAGGAACCCAGUUUCCCAACGGUGUAGAACAACAUUUGGAUCAGAUAUCCAAGAUGGUUCCAGACAUUGCCUUUGGCAAACGCACACGCGUUGUCUUGGAUAUUGGUUGUGGUAUAGGAAGCUUUGGUGUUUAUUUGUCGAAGCACAAUGUAACCACCUUGUCUAUAGCUCCCAAAGACGAUGCUAGCGAUAACCAGAUUCAGUUUGCUCUUGAGCGUGGUUUUUCCGGUUGUGUUGGCUCGCCGGCCGAUAGCCUGAAGAUCGGAAAACCAUCACUGGCGCCAUCUGUGGGGACCGUUACAAAAAGUUACGUGUAUCCUUUGAGUAACUAG